GAAUAAAUUCAGAUUUUGGCUUUAAUCUUUGCCCCUGCUUGAUAAAUGAAGGACUAUCAUUUGCUCUUUCAGGAAAAGAAUGUACUCAGGAUGAAAGCACCGCAGCUGCCAUCUUUACUGUUCAGAUGGAUGACUAUUUGGGUGGCAAGCCAGUGCAGAGCAGAGAACUUCAAGGCUACGAGUCUACUGGUUUUGUGGGCUAUUUCAAAGGAGGUCUGAAAUACAAGGCUGGAGGUGUGGCAUCUGGACUACAUCAUGUUCUCACUAAUGACCUGACAACGGAGCGGCUCCUGCAUGUGAAGGGUAGGAGAGUGGUCAGGGCAACAGAAGUUCCCCUUAGCUGGGACAGUUUCAACAAAGGUGACUGCUUCAUCAUUGACCUUGGCACUGAAAUUUACCAGUGGUGCGGUUCCUCCUGUAACAAGUAUGAGCGCCUGAAGGCAAAUCAGGUUGCCAUUGGUAUUCGGGACAAUGAAAAGAAAGGAAGAGCUCAGCUAAUUGUGGUAGAAGACGGAAGUGAGCCAAGAGAACUCAUAAAGAUUUUAGGAAAUAAACCAUCACUUCGGGAGGGAGAUGAAGAUGAUGACAACAUUGCAGACAUAACUAACAGGAAAAUGGCUAAACUUUACAUGGUUUCAGAUGCAAGUGGAUCUAUGAGAGUGACUGUGGUGGCAGAAGAAAACCCCUUCUCCAUUGCAAUGCUGCUUUCAAAAGAAUGUUUUAUCCUGGACCAUGGGGCUGCAAAACAAAUUUUUGUAUGGAAAGGUAAAGAUGCUAAUCCCCAAGAGAGAAAGGCUGCAAUGAAGACAGCUGAAGAAUUCCUACAGCAAAUGAAUUAUUCCACCAAUACCCAAAUUCAAGUUCUUCCUGAAGGAGGUGAAACACCAGUCUUCAAACAAUUCUUUAAGGACUGGAGAGAUAAAGAUCAGAGUGAUGGCUUUGGGAAAGUAUAUGUCACAGAGAAAGUAGCUCAUAUAAAACAAAUUCCAUUUGAUGCCUCCAGAUUACACAAUUCCCCACAGAUGGCAGCCAAGCACAAUAUGGUGGAUGAUGGUUCUGGAAAAGUGGAGAUCUGGCGUGUAGAAAACAAUGGUAGGGUCCAAAUUGAUCAAAACUCCUACAAUGAAUUCUAUGGUGGUGACUGCUACAUUAUACUGUACACAUAUUCCAGAGGACAGAUUAUUUACACGUGGCAAGGAGCAAAUGCUACAAGAGAUGAGCUGACAACAUCUGCAUUCCUGACUGUUCAGUUGGAUCGGUCUCUUGGAGGACAGGCAGUGCAGAUCCGAGUCUCACAAGGUAAAGAGCCAGCUCACCUGCUGAGUUUGUUCAAAGACAAACCACUCAUUGUUUAUAAAAAUGGAACAUCAAAAAAGGAAGGCCAAGCACCUAUUCCUCCUAUACGCCUCUUUCAAGUCCGGAGAAAUCUGACAUCUAUCACCAGAAUUGUGGAGGUGGAUGCUGAUGCAAGCUCAUUGAAUUCCAAUGAUGCCUUCCUCUUGAAACUGCAGCAAAACAAUGGCUACAUCUGGAUAGGGAAGGGUGCCAGCCAGGAGGAAGAGAAAGGAGCAGAGUAUGUGGCAAGUGUCCUCAAAUGCAGAGCCACCAGAAUUGAGGAAGGCAAGGAGCCAGAGAAGUUCUGGACCUACCUGGGAGGGAAACAAGAAUAUCAGACCUCUCCACUACUAGAAACCCAAGAUGAAGAUCAUCCACCUCGGCUUUAUGGCUGCUCUAACAAAACUGGAAGAUUCAUUAUUGAAGAGGUUCCAGGAGAGUUUACACAGGAUGAUUUAGCAGAAGAUGAUGUCAUGUUACUAGAUACCUGGGAGCAGAUUUUUAUUUGGAUUGGCAAAGAUGCCAAUGAAGUUGAAAGAACAGAAUCCUUGAAAUCUGCCAAACUGUACCUUGAAACUGAUCCUUCUGGAAGAGACAAGAGGACGCCCCUUAUCAUCAUUAAACAGGGCCAUGAGCCACCCACAUUCACAGGCUGGUUCCUGGGCUGGGAUUCUAGCAGGUAGUAAAUUGAUUUUUGUAGAAAAGAAACAAAUAAACAUUUUGUGGAAGUUCUCCCACUGCUUUGGGGUGGAAAAGGAAAUGUCUUAAUAGUUUGAUAUGUAAUGCAGCAAGGUUUAUGUUAAUAUGGCUUUAAAAGUUUUCUUUCUUUUUUUUUUUUUUGAUUGCUUUUCUUCUCUAGACUUGCUUUGAUACAAUUAAUUCCUAACUGUCAUCUUCUAAGAGAAAAUACUUUUUUCUUUUAUAAACCCUUGCAAGUACAUGUCUUUCAUGACAAAACAAGUCUUACUUUUAUACAUUCAGAUAUAUAAAUAUUUGAUAGCAUACUACAAAAGACAUGCACAAAAUAUGUCACUAAUAUUUUCAUCAUUAAAAUGCAGCUCUUUGAAAAAGUUUUGUGUUGUCAUAUUUC